GAUGCUCGUAUCAUUCGCGUACUUGCGUAGACUGGUCCCGCGUGUCUUGUGAGGCUUGUUGCGUACAGCAUUGGCGGUUGUCCCUGCAGGGUUGAUGAUUGUGAAUUUUUCGUGAAUCUCUCAGAAGAAAAGCCAUUAUCCUGUGUAGAGGAUACAUGUGUAUUGAGAUUCCUGUUCAUGUAGUGAAAAUAUAAAGCGGAUUGUGAUUCGUGAUUGUUUUUGUUUUUCUGAAAAGUUUAUAGGCCGAGCACCUGUUUUGUACAGCAUCGAUACGAAAAAACACACAACAAUUGGUAGCUAGCAAUAUAUUCUAGACUUCAGUUCGGUUAUUGUAUCGCGACCGUAGCAAAGGAAAUCGCAUUGUGUAACAAAGCGUUGAAUUGUGAGACGGAAACGAAUUGAGCUGCUCGUUAAUAUUGUUGUGAUUGAAGAUUGUAAAAAAUAACCCUUUUGUGUAGCUGAUAAGCUGACUGAGAGGAAAAUAUCGAUCGCUACCUUUUUAUGUUAUUCUGUAUAGCCUCAUCUGUCAGGCAAACACAAGUGUUUUGACAUCAUUGGGAUAAAUCAAUAUCAGUUAUUAAAAAUAAGAGAAAAAAUGACAAAGAUGAUUGAAUCAUCUCCAGUUGCUAUGGUCACAAUAUCGCGGAGUUCUUUGUCAAACAAAAGUCCGGAACCGGAUAACUGUGCGAUUAACGAUAGUCGUUUCGAUGCCGUAGAUCCGUCUCGCUCGCCAUCGGUCGGAGAUACUUUUGUUUCCGCCGGUACUAAAGGUCCACUGUCAUCGUCCGAAUCCGAUUCUGAUGAUUCCAGCGGCGAUGAGGCGGGCCAGCCGGGCGGUGAAGGAUCAGCAGUGCGCUCGUCAUCUUUGAACAGUAAUCACAACUCAGCCACUGCCUUCGACCACGUGUCCUCGUUACCGCUAGAGGAUGGCAUCGUCGGUGGAAUUCGCCCCCUGUCACCGGGCGAGGGACCAUCGGGAUCGACGUCCAUUUCGCUGUCUAUGGGAUCGGUGGGAGACGAGCUAGCCGACAGAAGCCCAAGCCAGCCGCUUAUUGCGGUCACAGUGAUCCCAGAGAAGAAGGGCAUCUUUCUGAAGCAUUCUGAGUAUGAGAUAAAGGCAAGGGCCUACGACACAGUGGUGCGCAGACGUUACAAGGACUUUUUAGUGCUGUUCAGUUACCUCGUUGAGAAAUACCCCUAUCGUAUAAUUCCAAGCCUUCCUCCCAAGCAGCUACUGUCGGACUCCCUGGUCGAGGAGCGCCGCGGCAGCCUCAAGACAUGGCUCACGAUACUCUCGAUGCAUCCAGUUCUCGGCAGUUCCCCGAUAUUGGUGACAUUUCUAAGCGACAAAACGCAAGACUACCGUUUUCGGAUGCGUGUCAUGUACGAAAAGCAGAUUGACGAAUUUAGCCGUCUGCGGGACGACGUUGACCUUCCCCUGGAGGAUCUCGAAAAGCUAACGGCCGGACGGGACCGGUUACGAAAGGUGCUCCAAUCGUUACGGCGUUUGCGCAAAAUUUUCGAUGAACAGGCAUUUCGAGCCGAGCAACAGGCCCGCGAUAUGGCCGAGGUCGAUCAGAUACUGCAAGGUCUUGAAGUGCCGAACGUGUUCGAGGAGAAAACGUUCGAAGAGCUGUCACAAAGUGCGCAAACGGUUGCACGACAUUCCGAAACGUACGUCCAGCUGCAGCGACACGCUGUUAAUGAACGGAUCCACGUGCUAAUGGAGGUACUCUCUGCGCACAACGAUCUGUGCCAUAGAGUGGCGAAAGGAAUCUUUGCCGAACAUCAGAAAGCUCUCUCGAAAUCACAUGCCACUGGCAGACCAAAGACGAAAAGUGUCACGCGCGGUGUUGCAUCAAGUAAUUGCACAGCACAACAACCCGAGGAAACGCAGUGCCGUGAAGUGAUGGAUCACUGCGGGCGUCGUUGUGCUUUCGCUCUGCAGUGUGUACGCAGUGAGACGUCCUUAACCGAGAAAUAUCUCCUGUCCCUACCGUCGAUUCUGCUCGCCUACGCUAAUGAGGAGUCCCAAUAUCACAGCAAGAUGUCGAAGAUUUGGCAUCAGCUAGCAGCUAACGAAUCUUCCAAAUUGUGCUAGUGUACGCGAUUUCCUUUCGGCAACAUUCGCGAGGUAAUUAAAGACUCUUUUUUCAGGACGAUUACCCUUUGCUGGGUGGGUCCUUUACUUUGUAGGUCAAUUGUUUCUAUCUUUUUUUUUAUUGAGUUAUUGCGUCGAAGCACAAUUUUAAACAGACAGUAUUUGGACUUGGUCUAUUUGUGAUUUAAAACUUGGUAGUAUAGAUAUGCAAAAUAGUUGUAGCCAUUAUGGAUUUUUUUUCUUACGAUUGGCGCAUGUCGAAAUAUUACGCGUGUUUUAAAAAUGGUAUAAUUUAUGUUGAUUCUAAGUUUAUUAGUUUUAUCAGCUUAAAGGUUAGGAGAUAGUGAUAUUAUAAUUAAUCGUUGCCUUAUAAUAAUAUACACUUGCACAUAGUGAUA